AUGCCUCUUUCCACCAAGGCUGUCGAAGGUAUCAAGGGCACAUUAGACCAUUUUGUCAAUGAUGGUUCACCUGGUCUUGCCUUCCACGCCAUCGACAAAUCGGGCAAAACACUUGUCGAACAUGCUUCGGGUACACUGGGUUUGGACUCCAGUGAGCCCAUAGACACUCAGAGUACGAUAUUCUGGAUUGCAUCGUGUACCAAACUCGUCACUGCCAUUGCUCUGCUGCAGCUUGUUGAGCAAGGCAAGGUUCCCUUGGAUGAUGCUGAAUUCGUCAAGAAAACCGUGCCGGAACUAUCUGAAAAGAAGGUGUAUGCCGAUGGUGUUAACGGCGUCGAGCAAGAGAAGAGUGUCACGAUGCGCAUGCUGUUGAGCCAUACAGCAGGAUUUGGAUAUGCAUUCGCUGACCCGAGGCUCCAAGCGGACGGCAUCGAAGGGAGGAGCGGCAACAAGCGCGAUAUCCUUGACUCGAAGAUGGUGAACCAGCCAGGUAGCAUGUGGGAAUACGGCAUUAAUAUGGACUGGGCAGGUAUCGUUCUCGAACGCGUCACUGGUCAAACGCUGGGCGAAUACUUCCAAGAGCACAUCUUCACGCCCGUGGGCAUCGCCGCAGAGGGCGCAUCCAUGUUUCCUUCCAAAGAAGCUCAAAAGAACCUAGCACAUAUGCACCAACGUGACACCGACGGCACGCUCAAGAAACGCGAACAUCUUUACGACGGUCCACUUUCCUGCGCUAAGGAAAACCAAAAAGACUUUCUCCAAUCUGGUGGUGCAGGACUUUGGUCGAGGCCAAGCGAGUACAUAAAAGUUCUUGCUGCUCUAUUGAACGAUGGAACAAACCCACAAACACAGAACCGCAUCCUCAAGAAAGAGUCAGUGGAUCUCAUGUGGGAGAACCAAAUUCCCUCUCAACCCGAUUUCGCACGCGCCAAUGUCCCACCUGCAGACCCUUCGCUGGUCAAUCAAGCCGCGGAUAUGUAUCCUCAGCCUGGCAACCCUCCUCAAGGUUGGGGCUUUGGCGGCUUCAUCACUAUCGAGGCUGGCCCGUCUGGUCGUGGAGCAAACACGCUGUGGUGGAUGGGUCUGUGUAAUUGUUUCUGGUGGGUUGAUAGAGAGAAGGGGAUUGCGGGAAUGCUCGCAUCGCAAGUGUUGCCCAAUGGAGAUCCCAAAGUCAUUCCUGCGUGGUUCAUGGCGGAGAAGGGCAUUUAUGACGCGUUGGAAUAA